AUGGCUCAGUACGCGAGCAACGCAGCCGCCUCGGCCGCCGCCGCCGCCGCCAGCCCGGCCGUGAAUUCAACCCCGGGCCACCAGUCUUCCGGCCCGGACUCUCAAAAGGGCACCUCGUCGGCCACCCACGAUACGCCGCAGGACGAGGCCGCAAGCAAUCCCCAGCACAAGCGCGUCUACCAGGCCUGCAUCCCCUGCCGUCGCCGCAAGGUCCGCUGUGAUCUCGGCAGCGUCGACAACCCGCACGAUCCCCCGUGCGUCCGCUGCCGCCGCGAGUCCAAGGAGUGUUUCUUCUCCGCCACCCGCCGCAAGCGCAAGACGGACGAUGACGGCAGCGACCUCGAGGAGUACAUUAUCCGCAACGGCCGUCGCAAGGUCCAGGCCACCGCUACUGCCACCACUACCACCACUACCAGCCCCGGGCGCUUCGACCGCAGAACGACCUAUGCCGAGUCUCCCCCACCCGCGACCGCCGCUGCCAAUUGGCGUAGCCAACCACUGCGCCGUCCCGAGGGCGGGCGUCGCGACAAGAGGACCGGCGACUACUCCGAUGAUGAGGCCUCCCAGACGCUCGAGAACCUCGAGGCCCAGUCUGUCAUGCGGCAGACCGUCUACGGCCACCACGACGCGUUGGACCUUCUCUACAAGGCCGCUACUGAUGGCCCCGCGUCAAAUCACCGACGCGAUAGUAGCAUCGUCUCCACCUCUGGGGCUGCUGCGCCAACCUCGGCCGCUUCUACUUCCCAUACCAAUCCUCUCAAUCUUCAUAACAGACGCCAGUCGUCCGUCCGCGAACUUCCCCGCCAACCGUCCGCCUCGGCCCGCCCCGCCCAAGUCGAACACCACUCCUCCGACCUGGCCUCUCAUCCCGCCUACGCCGAUGCGAUCAAGGCAUGGUCCCGAUUCCGCUUCGUCCGUGCCGGUUGUACGUCUCAUUCUCGCCCCUGCUGCUACACUCUUAUUGCUCACGCUAACACCACCAGCUACUACAAAUACCUUUCUCCCCUCACACCCAUCUCACCACCCACAUUUAGCAACCCCGCCACUCAUCUCACCCUCCUGGCGGAGGAACCGAUACUCACCGUCACCCUUCUGACCAUUGCGUCCCGGUAUCGCCAGAUUCCCGGCACGGGUGGCCAAUGCCGUUCACAUGCCAUCCCCGAGCAGCUCUGGACCUAUCUCCGCGGCAUGAUCGAGCGUUGUCUUUGGGGCCAGGAGGCCUUUGGCGGCGGAUUCUGUGGCUCCGGAGGCUCCGCCACCACAGCUAUGCUGAGCGAGGAGACCAGUAGCACUGCGCCUUGGCGCGGCCUGCGCAAAGGGAGCCUGCGCACACUCGGAACCAUUGAGUCGCUGCUCAUCCUCACCGAGUGGCAUCCUCGCGCCCUGCAUUUUCCUCCCCAAGAGGCCACAGACGAGCUCGUCAUUCCCAUGGCCGAGUCUUCGCCGCUCAUGGCCACCGAGGACGAGAUGGCUCGCCCCGCAGGCGGCAACUUUGGCGGAAAGCGCAUUGAGAGCUGGCUCGAGCCCGCCUGGCGCAGCGAUCGCAUGUGCUGGAUGCUGCUCAGCACAGCCAUGGGUCUUGCGUACGAGCUGGGCGUCUUUGACGACAUUGACGCCAUGCUCCAAGACGACGCCAUCACGCGCCCGGAAUACCGCGACGAGGCCUAUCGCCUACGCGCCAACCGCAUCAAGCGGCUCCUCCUCAUCUACACCUCGCAGUUGGCCGGCCGUCUCGGCUGGACCAGCAUGGCCCCCGAGCACCUCCGCCGCGCCGACCCCGCCGUUGCGCGCAAACGACCCCUGCCCACGGACGGCAACACGCCGUCGACAAGCUACUCCCUCUCCAACACGUUCAACUACGUGCCCGACCUGGAGCUCGACGAUCAAAUCAUCCACUGCUGGGCCGGCAUCAGCAACGCCAUGUACAUUGGCAACGAAAAGUUUUUCAAGUCGCGCCAGCACACCACCGACAUUAUCCAGAGCGGCAAGUACGUUCAGCUGCUCGGCGAGUACGGGCCCAUGCUCAAGGACUGGUACCGCGAGUUUGAGCUGUUCCGCCUGCCCCAGUACAUUCGCUACAUCCUCACCAUCGAGUACGAGUACGUCCGCAUCUACGUCAACUCGCUCUCGCUGCAGGCCGUCGUCGAGCGCUGCACCAACAACGCCACCCAGACCGUCUCCAACAACUCGUCCUCCCACGGCCACAGCGCGCAUCAGCAGCAGUCCACGCUCUCCCCCGCCACCCUCAUGACGUACGGCAAGCUCCCCAUCGGCCAGCUUGGCGGCUUCACCGUCCAGGACCAAGAGUACGUGCGUGAGGUCGUCGACGGCUGCCGCAAGCUGCUCCACACCGUCGUCGACGGUCUCCUGCCCGGCGGCUACCUCAAGCACGCGCCCGUGCGUACCUACUUCCGCAUCAUCAGCGGCGCCAUGUUUCUGCUCAAGACGUUUGCCCUCGGCGCCCCGCGCGCCGACGUGCGCAUGAGCAUCGACCUCAUGGACGCCACCGUCGAGGCCCUCCGCAACUGCGUCGUCGACGACGUGCACCUCGGCCUGCGCUUCGCCGACCUGCUCGAGACGCUCACCAGCCGCCUCCGGAACCGCUUCAUCCAGGCGCCCACCGGCCCGCUGUCCGGCCGCGAGCAGAGCCCCGCGCCCGAGAACGGCGCCGCCGGCACGCAUACCGGCGAAACCUGGACCACCGGCGGCCACGCCCAGAAGCUCCGCGACGGCCUCAAUGGCCAGCGCCGCCCGCUGUCCCCGACCAUGGAGGGCAACAACAUCUCGGCGACCCCGUUCGACCUCGGCACCGGCGCCUUUCACUACCACCCGCCCGUGUCGGCCGGCCCUGCCACGCCCGCCGGCGGCGGUGGCACCGGCCUCGAUCACGGCGGCGGUACCGCAACGACCGGCGGCAUGGACGUGACGCUCUUUGAAGAGUGGAACAACCCCGGCAACGAAAUGUGGUACCUGCCUGCCGGCCCUGCCUUUUUCCAAAACAUGGGCGACGGCGGCGUCUCCAUGACGGCCGAGGGCGUCAACGUCGGCGGCCUCGACCUGCUCGAGUACAUGGCCAUGGACCCGGUGCAGUUUACCAUGGAAUCCACCUCCGGCGCCGGCGGCAGCGCCGCGCAAAAUGGCGGCACGUAG